AUGUGCGAGGGAGAUGACGUCAGAGCAUCGUCCUAUGUGCCGGGGCUGAGCCCCGGACAGCCUCGGCCCAAUUUAACCGCUGACUGUAACUAUUCGGAGUCUCUGGAGGAUCCUUUCCCCUCGGAUAUCCACUUCCCUCUCUCUCUGCCUCUGACCUCAGACCCAGCAGUGGAAGAGGAAGAGGAGGAGGAGCCCGGGAGGAGCCUGCCUGAGAUCUGGUGUGACAAGGUGGCAGUUUCCUGUGACCACAACUACACAGCAGAGGACUCCGCUCGGCAGAAAAAGCGCAUUGAGCAGCUGGAGGAGCAGCUGGGGAGUCUGAGGAAGAAGCUGAAGACGACUCAGCAGAAAUGCCGACGACAGGAGAGACAGUUGAAGAUGCUGAAGGCAGCGUGCGAGACGCCGAGGACCGGCCGCCAGCCGCCUGCAACCUUCCGAGAGGGAUACGUGAUUCUACCCAAACACAUCUACCACACACUCAAAGGCAUCAAGUAACCACGAACUAAUGAAAAGGAGAUGUGGUCAAAAUGAGAGGCAGAUCAAACUGUCAGCAGCAGGAGACAGUCGCAGAUCUUCCUAGCCAGCAGCGCAGCCCUGAGUCCCGACAGGAAGGGCUCCGUAAGAAUGCAGGAAGCAGGAAACUCUGAAUUGGUUGGUACAACAACUACUUACAUAUUCUUCGUGUUAAGGCUGCACUGAAAUUGCAUUAACUCUUGUGUUGGCUUACUUUUUAAUUGUUGUCCUCCCGGUUUGACUGUUUCCAUAUAGCGUAUAAAUAAUCACCCAAAUCUGUUCCACCUUUUAAGGCAACUUCAUAUCUACUUAUUAUGUUUUACUCUUCUUUUUUAAAUGUAUGUUCAAUACACCUAAUUUACACACAAUUAAACCUAAAACCGAAUUUGAAUAAACUUGGAUUCUUCAAGAAAUAGUCCACCAUGUUACUCCCCCUGAAAAAAACAAGAAUUGUGACUUUCAUUUCUAUCCUAUUUAUGUUUUUUUGAGGAAUUCCUCCUAAAAAGGAGUUCAACAAACGGUUCAUUUGUAUUACUUUUCUAUGAUUUACUUCUUUCUAUGUUUUAUUUUUUCCUCACAUAAAAACAAUACAGAAACA